UCAUGCCUUGUAGUUUGCUGUUUGUGGUUGUGAGUUAUGUGAUGUAUAUAUGCCCUGCAAUAAUGACCAUUUAUCCUAAGUAUAUGAAUAGUUUACACUUGGACAUUAAGAGAGUAUGUUUUAUUCUGCUAAUGCAAGGUCUCUGUGUUUUUGCGGAAUAUGGAAACAUGCUUAUAUGUUUUUAAAUGUGAAUUGAAUUGGCUUCAUCUGUUUUGUGGGUUUUUUCCUUCUUCUUUUAAACAAGCUAUAUUGUGUUGAUACAUUCUAGAAUGUUUUUCCAUGUUGCUUGAACUUAAGUUUGUUUGUUUUUUUUUUUGUUUUUUUUUAAUUUUUUUUUUAAAGAUGGAUAAGUCUUGGAUGCAUGCUGAUAGAAGAUCAAAGACAUAUGAGCUAGGUGUUGAGGAAUUUCUUAAGUUUGCUUUAGAAAAUGCUAGCGAUGUAAAUAAUAUAUGACAAAUGUUGAUGGGAAGGCUAUGACAAAUGACUCCCCCAAAGUUUCCACGGUUGACAAACAAGUUGGUUCUGGCCAAGGAAGUUGUUCAAAUUUGCUAGAGAAGGGUGUCAAGUGUGCAGAAAACUUGAUCAAUAGCAAUGUCAAAAAGUCUUUGGAUUUAGAGCAUCUUACGGAUAAUGUGAAAGAUGUGAUUCAUAUUAAUGGACUCAACUUGGGUGCUACUGAGAAGGAUGGGGAGAAUGUACCAAUGGUUGUAGAUUUGGAUAUCCAAAAGGGUGAAUGUCAGGCACAGCAAAUUGGGAAAGAGUAUGAAUUGGCUUCAGGUUCUAUUGAUAAUGUUGUAGCAGUUGCAACAAUUAUAGAAGGAAAUGGGGAGUGCAAUAGCCAGCUUAUUCAUGGUAUCCCAUUGGGUGAGGGAAAUAUUCGUGUAUCGAUUGUACGCUCAAUAGUGGAUGAAGCUUUGCUUCCAUUUCCAAUCAAAGAUGAGAUCUUGACUGUUCGUGAUGCAAUCGGGACAUAUGUAGCCUGGCCUAAAGACCUAAUAAUCUUGUGAGUUAUGUGAUGUAUAUAUGCAUCAGGGAUGAAUCUUGGCAAUUUUUUUUAGUCAAGUAAUUUUGGUUUUGGAGAAUAGGUGAUGACAAUUUGAGACUCGAUCUCAAUUGGUCAUGGGUUCAAUAAAGACAUUCAUACUCAAAUUCUCGGCGGACCCAAUUGAAUGGAGCUGGA